CUAUAGGCAGCCUACAGUCCUAUACACACGCACAUAUAUACAAAUAUUUCUUGGUUUCCCACCCCCCUAAACUGGUUUCAUCUUUCGUGUCAUCCCCAAACUCUCUGUAUUUUCAUUGCCCCUCUUCAAUCCUACUCAAAGGCAGAUAGUAUCUAGCUUUGUGUGACCUUUGAAGGUGGAAGAUUCACGUUGUUGUAUGAAUUAGGCUUUAACUAUAUUGGAGCAAAGAGUAAUCGCAUUACCUCAAUCAGUUAAAAGCUGCGUCGAGGCUUGAGCAGAAAUAAAGUUUGUCAACGUUCCACUUUUUGCACUUAGUGGUGGCUACCAAUUUGCAAAGACUACGACGAAAGUUAGCUAUGAGUGAUCCAGAUCCAGAUGUUGCUCGAUGGGGUCUUCAUCUUCUUGAUGUGGACCACCUUUUUAGUUCUAACUAUUAUGGUGAUACCAGUCAUCAUGAUGUUUACAUCAGUCGAGAACAGUAUUCUACAGAUAAUCAUAAUGAUAUGGACAGUAUCAGCAUUGAAAAUGAUGAGAUUAUUGCACAUACCCUACAGGAAGAAUUAACUCGAAUGUCACUUGCGGAACGAACUGAAUUUUCUAAUGCAAGGGAUAAUUGGCAAGGAUUCUCUGCUACUCAGGACCAGUCUGUUACACCAUGGAGCUAUCAUGAUAGCAAGGAGAAUGACCUACAAGAGAAAUAUGAUAUAGGUAUUAGUAGUUCAUGCUCUAGCCCAGAAGAAUCACAUGAUGGGGAAGAUCUUACCUAUAACCUGGAGAUAACAGAUGAGUUCGAUCUUGAUGGAGAAGUUGGCAAGAGGUUGUACGAAAUGGUUCCUGUGCCCCAUGUUCCCAGAACUAAUGGAGAUAUACCUUCCAUUGAUGAAGCAAGUUCUGAUCAUCAAAGGCUUUUGGACAGGUUGCAGUUAUAUAACCUGGUUGAGUGCAAAGUUGAGGGAGAUGGUAACUGUCAGUUUCGUGCUCUAUCAGAUCAAUUCUAUCGUUCUCCAGAACAUCACAAAUUUGUUAGAAGACAAAUUGUUAAUCAGCUUAAGUUACAUCCAGAUAUGUACGAGGGAUAUGUUCCCAUGGCUUAUGGUGAAUACUUGAAGAAAAUGUCAAAGAAUGGCGAAUGGGGAGAUCAUGUUACCUUGCAGGCAGCAUCAGAUUCUUAUGGUUUAAAGAUUUUUGUCUUGACAUCAUACAAAGAAACUUGCUCCAUUGAGAUUCUUCCGAAGGUGCAAAUGUCUAAAAGAGUUAUUUUCUUGAGUUUUUGGGCGGAGGUGCAUUACAACUCUAUCCAUCCGGAGGGAGAGAUGCCAGCAGAAGACUCAAAGAGGCGAAAAGGGUGGAGGUUUUUUGGAAAUAAGCAUUAGGUUUCGCCGAACUUGUGUGGAGCAGAGUUGUUAAUUUUGUCACCGCAGCAUCUCAGCGGCUUUACUUGUACAGUCUCCCUUACAUGAGACGUUUAGUUCAUACUUAUACAUGUAUCUAUUCCCAAACACAUUGUAGAUCAAAUUAUUUUAUAAAAAAUAUAUAAUAAAAUGCUUAGCGCAUAAGAUAGAUAAA